AUGGAUAAUUCAAUGGACUGUUCUGAUUUCAAUUCCGCACCGGCUGCCAAAAGGAGACGGCUAGACAAUGAUAUUGAAGGUUCUGAGAGCAAAGUGUCGAGCACAGCAUCAGCGGACCACUCUUCUCGUUUGGUUGUCAAUACGGUUCUGAAACAGAUUGCCACAGCCAACAAGCUACUUCUAGUCAACCUUUUCAUGGAGAACUUGGAAAGCUUUCUCCAAGAUGGUCCUACAGGUAGCCAGCAGUUUGUAGAUACUUUUUUGGCACUUGAUGGAUGCAGUGUCAUUCUUCAUACUCUCAAACGAUGGGUCGAUGCGGGUACUCAUGAAAACAAUACCAUUGAUGAGGAAACUAUCGCCUUUGUAUCGACUGCAUUGGGCUUCUUGGUCCACACAAUGGUUUACAACCGAAGGGCAGCUUUUCGCUUCCUAGAUGUGAAGGGCCUCCAUAUCACACAGUUACUUAUGCAAAUAUGUCAGAGUGCACCCUUUGACACAGUGAUUCUUGGUCGAGCGAUCUCGAUAUGGGGUAAGCUCAUGACGAAUGUUACUCGAAGAGAAGAUGUUCUGGUUGAGAACUUUUCCAACUUGAUAUUGAACAUUAUGCACCUACAUCCUCAAUGCGAACGCAUUCAGCGAUACGGAUGCAAGUUCUUUGCAUCACUGGCAACCACAUCGCAAAACAGCGGAGAAACCCAAGACUUCGACAGGCAGAAGCUUCGACAAGUAGUUGAACUGGCGUUGCUAUCCUACCGAAACAAGGAACGUACAUACUAUUGGUGUCGCCAGUGUACAGCUCUUUACUCGGCUGGUCAAUUGGUCAGGCAUGAUGAUGGGAAUACAAGCUGCAGUACUGACUCAUCUCGAAACUCAUCAAGAGCGUCAUCGGACACCUUGUCACAAAAGUCAUCACAAAACUUUGCGGCUGGUCAAGACCUGGUCCUCAACAGAGAUCUCAACAGGGAUCUCAAUAUGGAUGACGGUGAGGUUACCGACUCAUCACAAAACUCAUCACAAAAGUCUUCGGAUGGUAAUCUUGACGCAUACGAUGAUGGGAACACAAGCACAAGUACUGAAUCAUCUCAAAUCUCCUCACGAAACUCUUCGCGAAAACCCUUAGCUGGUAGCCAACUGGUCACGGGUGGUAAAUAUGCUGACUCCUCGCAGAGCUCAUCACGAAACUCUUCAAUUGGUCGGCUAGUGAGCCUUGAUGGUGGGAAUACAAGCUCAAGCACAAACUCAUCACAACGCUCUUCGGCUCGUAGGCUGGGGAGUUCUGAUGAUGGGAAUACAAGCUCAAGCACUGAUUCUUCAUCGCGAAACUCAUCAACAAGAGCCUCAUCAGGUACCAAACUCGUCAGGGGUUGCGAGUGGUGUACUACUGACUCAUCACAAAACGCUUCGAUUGUCAAACUGGCGAAGGAUGAUACGGGUACCACAAGUUCAAGCACUGUAUCAUCACGAAAACUCUCGUCAGUUGAUCAACUAGGUGAACUAGACCCAAUGGCCAGAGAUGACGACGGGAGUACAAGUACUGACACUGACUAG